CGACUGCAGCGGAGCGGCCAUGGGUGUGCAGGGCCCUAUGCCGCUGCUGGUGGUGUUGCUGGUGUGCACGGCGCUAGGGAAACCUGGUCCCAAGAACAUCACAAACAAGCUCCUCUCAAGUGACUGAUGGGCUCUGUGGAGGGCUGGGUGUCUGCAAAUCCUGUGGGAAGGGCUCCGGUGGCAUCUCUUCGACACUACCCCAGGAUACGGGAGGAAGGGGUGUAUGGGUGUGCGGUUCUCCUUAGACCCUCCCUCCCACACACGUGUACCCUGGGGGUGCUACGGGCCUGCCUCAGAGCUCAGAUGGGUGUCUUUUUUUUCUGUCCCAGUGCCUUGUGGCCGCAGGAAUGACCUUAAGCCACUGAUAGUGGGCGGGAUAGAAUCCGUGCAAGGGCGCUGGCCAUGGCAGGCCAGCCUGCGCUUUAAGAAGUCCCACCACUGUGGAGGGAGUCUUCUCAGCCACCGAUGGGUGCUCACUGCUGCACACUGCUUUAGAAAGUACCUUGAUCCAAAAAAGUGGAGAGUCCAGCUUGGACAGCUUACUUCCAAACCAUCUCUCUGGGACAGCAAGGCCUAUUCUGGCCGGUACAGGGUGAAGGACAUCUUUGUAAACUCUGAAGACACCACGAGGUUCCACGACCUGGCCCUGCUGAGGCUGGCCUCCUCGGUCACCUAUAACAAGUACAUCCAGCCCGUCUGCAUGCUGCCCUCCACCUUCGUGUUCCAGCAGCAGCCUGACUGCUGGGUGACUGGCUGGGGAGUCCUUCAGGAGAAUAAGAAACCUCUGCCACCACCCUACCACCUCCGAGAAGUGCAGGUCACCAUCCUAAACCCCAGCAGAUGCUAUGAACUGCUCAGGAUUCCCUCUCUCCACCCCUUUAACAACAGUGACUUGUUCUGCGCUGGUGCUGAGGAUGGCAGUGCGGACACCUGCGGUGGUGACUCAGGAGGACCCUUGGUCUGCAACAUGGAUGGUCUCUGGUAUCAGAUUGGAAUCGUGAGCUGGGGAAUAGGCUGUGGGCGGCCCAACCUGCCUGGCCUCUACACCAACGUGAGUCAGCACUACAACUGGAUCCAGACCAUGAUGGUCCUCAGCAGUGCAGUCAGGUCUGCUCUGGUGCUGCCACUGCUGUCCCUCACUCUGCUCCAGGCUCCCUGACUUCUGAGGUCCACCUGAGCCCAUGAAGCUGCAGCUUCGGGGCUAACAUACCACUUCACUUUCCCCAGUCCCAGGACACUUGGUAUUGGGUAGGGACAUCCUGUGUCUU